GGCUCGAGGGGUGUGGCCUCUGCCCCGCCGGCCCCACCCCCGCAGUCCGGAACCGCGCGGUCGCAGUCGGAGGUCGCGGAGAAGUCCUGCGCGGUGUCCGUUUGUUAUCCAUGGCCGCCUCGCUGCUCUUCCGGGCCUGCGGCCCCCUCCGCAGAGCCCUCCAUCCUCAGGACUGGCGACAGUUGCACACCGUCUACCAGUCUGUGGAACUGCCCGACACACACCAGAUGCUGCGGCAGAUGUGCCGGGACUUUGCUGAGAAGGAGCUGGUUCCCAUUGCGGCCCGGGCGGACAAGGAGCAUCUCUUCCCAGCAGCUCAGGUGAAGAAGAUGGGCGAGCUUGGGCUCCUGGCCAUGGACGUGCCCGAGGAGCUCGGCGGCGCCGGCCUGGAUUACCUGGCCUACGCCAUCGCCGUGGAGGAGAUCAGCCGGGGCUGCGCGUCCACCGGGGUCAUCAUGAGCGUCAACAACUCUCUCUACUUGGGGCCCAUCCUGAAGUUCGGCUCCAAGGAACAAAAGCAGCAGUGGGUCACUCCCUUCACCAGUGGCGACAAAAUUGGCUGCUUUGCUCUCAGUGAACCAGGUACCACGGUUGGGCGUGGGCCAACCCCGCUGGGUGCCCUUGGUGGGGUGGGCUGUCGCUGUCCCUCCCUGGCCUGCCGCUGCACCUUCCCCGGGAGCCAGCAGGGGGCGCCACCGGAGCUUCCCAGGGAGCAGGGGGAAGGGUCUGCAGGCAUCAGUGCCUUCCUGGUCCCCAUGCCGACGCCUGGGCUCACGCUGGGGAAGAAGGAAGACAAGCUGGGCAUCCGGGCCUCGUCCACGGCCAACCUCAUCUUUGAGGAGUGUCGCAUCCCCAAGAACAACAUCCUGGGGGAGCCGGGGAUGGGCUUCAAGAUCGCCAUGCAAACCCUGGACAUGGGCCGCAUCGGCAUCGCCUCCCAGGCCCUGGGCAUCGCCCAGGCCGCCCUCGACUGCGCAGUGCACUACGCCGAGAACCGCAUGGCCUUCGGGGCGCCCCUCACCAAGCUCCAGGGCAUCCAGUUCAAGUUGGCCGACAUGGCCCUGGGCCUGGAGAGCGCGCGGCUGCUGACCUGGCGAGCCGCCAUGCUGAAGGACAACAGGAAGCCUUUCAUCAAGGAGGCGGCCAUGGCCAAGCUGGCGGCAUCGGAGGCUGCGACUGCCAUCAGCCACCAGGCCAUCCAGAUCCUGGGCGGCAUGGGCUAUGUGACAGAGAUGCCAGCCGAGAGGCACUACCGCGAUGCCCGCAUCACUGAGAUCUACGAAGGCACCAGCGAGAUCCAGAGGCUGGUGAUCGCCGGGCACCUGCUCAGGAGCUACCGGAGCUGAGCCUUCUGCGGGGCCAGGGCUGGGACUGCCUGGGCCACCCUCGAGGACGGGAGAGAGGCGGGAGCGUGUGGCUUUGGCCUGACUGCUGGUCAGGGGCUGGAUGGAGGGCAGGGGCCACGCCUCAUGCCGGGCCCAGCCCGCUGCCGCCCCUCACCCCUGCCCAUGCCACGUCAGACUGCGGAGGGCGGGGUGGGGACCUGCCUCUGAGGACAGACUGUCAUCGUCUCGGUCUCCCCGCUCUGGGAUGCUGCCUCAUUAUCCUCAUCUGCAUGACCCCGGCCUCCCGAGGGCCCUGCUGUGGGGGCCGAGUGACACACUGGGCAUAAAGACCCACAUGGGACAGUCCCUGGGCGGAGUCUGCUCUUUUCCCUGAGGUCAGGGGUCAGGAGGAGGAUGAGGGGUGGAGUGACCAGGCCUGCAGGUCCUGGACAGGCUGCAUGCGGGGCUGGCCCGCUGUGUGCUGUGGGAGCCGUAGGUAAUAAAGCACGCCUGUCCCCGAA